CCAUGUCUGACGCGGAGGAGGUGGUGGAGGAGUACGAGGAGGAACAGGAAGAAGCUGUAGAAGAAGAGGAAGACUGGAGUGAAGACGAAGACGAGCAAGAGGAGGCAGUGGAGGAGGAGGAUGGUGGGGCCGAGGCUGAGCCUGAGGGUGAGGCGGAGACAGAGGAGACCAAAGCAGAAGAGGUUGACCUGGAUGAAGAAGCCAAAGAUGCUGAAGAUGGUCCAGCUGAGGAGUCCAAACCCAAGCCCAGCAGGCUCUUCAUGCCAAACUUGGUGCCACCCAAGAUCCCCGACGGAGAGAGAGUGGACUUUGAUGACAUCCACAGGAAACGCAUGGAGAAGGACCUAAACGAGCUGCAGACGCUGAUCGAGGCUCACUUCGAGAACAGAAAGAAGGAGGAGGAGGAGCUAAUCUCUCUCAAAGACAGGAUCGAAAAGCGACGGGCAGAGCGGGCUGAACAGCAGCGCAUUCGUAAUGAGCGGGAGAAGGAACGGCAGAACCGCCUGGCUGAAGAGAGGGCCCGGCGUGAGGAGGAGGAGAACAGGAGGAAGGCCGAGGAUGAGGCCCGGAAGAAGAAAGCUCUGUCUAACAUGAUGCAUUUUGGAGGGUACAUCCAGAAGCAAGCUCAGACAGAGCGCAAGAGUGGGAAGAGGCAGACCGAGCGAGAAAAGAAGAAGAAGAUCCUGGCUGAGAGGAGGAAGGUGUUGGCCAUUGACCACCUGAAUGAAGACCAGCUGAGAGAGAAGGCCAAAGAGCUAUGGCAGAGCAUUCACAACCUAGAGGCGGAGAAGUUCGACCUGCAGGAGAAAUUCAAGCAGCAGAAAUAUGAAAUCAAUGUUCUGCGAAACAGGAUCAAUGACAACCAGAAAGUCUCCAAAACUCGUGGGAAGGCCAAAGUCACCGGGCGCUGGAAGUAGAGACAGCACUGCUCUUGCCAAAGCUCUGACCCUUGCCUGUGUUCCUGCCCUGAGCAUCUCAGCUCAGGUCCUCCUGGGCACCCAAUACAGACACCUGUCUUGAGAGUGAGAGCUGGACUAGCUAGAAGCCAGUACUCUUCCUGACCCCUAUGCCCAUACCACUCUAGGAAUAAAAGGCCAGCACACUGCA